GAAGGGUUAAAGCUCCUCCAUAAAUAUUCAUUAUUGCGCUCUCAACGGCCUACUACCUCAACCUGUGCUUGCAUUUCCUCAUCUCGUUCAUCGUUCGCAUCCUCUCUUUGACGACGUUAAUUCUACGCUCUGUCUCUUAUUCUUUCAUUCCCUCAUUCUCUUCUUCAUUGCUCCUCAUCUGUACCAUAAUUCCUUUCACUCUUGACUACAUUUUGAGACUCGACAAACAAUGAUUCGUUUCAUUUUAGUUCAGAAUCGUCAGGGCAAGACUCGGCUGUCAAAAUGGUAUGCACCAUAUGAAGAUGACGAGAAACUAAAGCUCAAAGGCGAGGUACAUCGCCUUGUGGCACCCAGGGAUCAGAAAUACCAGUCCAACUUUGUAGAGUUCCGUAACUUUAAGAUCGUAUACCGUCGAUAUGCAGGUCUUUUCUUUUGUCUAUGUGUAGAUGCUAAUGACAAUGAGCUUGCAUACUUGGAAGCUAUUCAUUUCUUUGUGGAGGUCCUUGACGCCUUCUUCGGUAAUGUUUGCGAGCUUGAUCUCGUCUUCAACUUUUACAAGGUAUACUCGAUUCUGGAUGAGGUCUUUCUCGCUGGCGAGAUUGAAGAAACCAGUAAAAACGUGGUUCUCACCCGGCUGGACCACCUUGACAAGCUGUAGGCAUGGAUAAUAAUCUACCACUCGUUUAAACAAAGUUAUUAAACCCCUUUGGUCGCGAACAACAUUAUGGUCUAGAAAGUAUAAACGUCAGCAUAAUACCAUGCACAAACAACAAAAAGAAAGCUUGACAGCUUAUUAUGGAC